AUGGCAGAUCACCAAGAACUGAUUGCAAACUUUGUCGGCGUUGUUGACUCAACUCCUGAACAAGCUCAGUUUUAUCUUGAAGCUAAUAAUUGGGACCUCAAUGAAGCUCUAAGUAACUUUUAUGAGGAACCAGAAGCUGCCAGCGCUGCAGGAGCCAACACCGGAUCAUCAGCUUCAAAAGCAGAGAAAGAUGAGGACGAUGACGAUGACUUGAAAGAUAUCAUCGCUCGAACAGCUCCAAAGACUUCGUCGAGUUCAGAAGGCAAACGCAUCGCCACUUUCCGUGAUUUGAACAAGGAUGAAGACUCGGAUGAAGAAGACUCAGAUGAGGAUUCGCAAAACUUCUUUGCUGGCGGAGAAAAAUCAGGUGUGAUGGUUCAAGGCCCUCCUGGAAAGAAAGAUUCCAAUGCAUUAGUCGAGGACAUUUUGAAGAAGGCUGCCAAGGGUGGCCAAAGACAUGCGGAAGAGGCUGCAGAACAACCUGCGCCCAAGAAACCAUAUUUCACAGGAUCUGGAAAUCGUUUGGGAAGUGAAGGCGAGAGUUCGUCCUCUUCAUCCUCUCAGGCACCACAGGCACCAGUGCGCUCAACUCCUUCACCAGAGAUUUUGGAAACUCUCACAUUCUGGAGAAAUGGAUAUAGCCUUGAAGAUGGCCCAUUGAUGAGCUACACCGACCCAGCUAAUAGAGAGUUCUUGGAUGCGAUCAAUAGAGGACAUGCCCCACUCAAGUAUCUCAACGUUAGGCCGGGUCAGCCAGUGGAAAUGCGAGUUGCAAAACGUAUGGAUGAAGAUUACAAGGAACCGCCCAAGGCUCCGCCAAAACCUUUCGAGGGUACUGGAAACCGUCUUGGCAGCAUUGCGACACCCGCAUCUACAUCUUCGUCAACUCCUGGAUCCUUCCCUGGAGGCGAAUCAUCAUCGUCUGAGCCUACGCCUCGAAGCUUGAACAUUGAUGAAUCACAGCCAGUGACAACAAUCCAGAUCCGUUUAGCAGAUGGGACACGGAUGGUAGCGAGAUUUAACCACACACACACGAUCAAUGAUAUCCGUGGAUUUAUUAAUGCAUCUCGUGCAGGCGAAUCCUCAAGAGCUUAUGCUCUCCAGACGAGUUUCCCAAGGAAGGAUUUGGUGGAUACACAACAGACUAUCAAGGAUGCAGAGCUUUUGAACGCUGUUGUCUUGCAACGCUACCUGUAA